AUGGGCAACGAGAACAGCACCUCGGGCAACAAGCAAGAGGACUCCGGCUUGAAAAACAUCAUCCUUUGGCCUCCAAACCCUGAACCUCUGCAGAGGACUUCUUUGGCUCGGAGUCCAGGAUCCGUGGAACGGCCUGGGAACAGUCAGAGUGCAGAAUGGAAGCCGGAGGAGAAGCCCAGAAGCAAUGACCACAGAGAUCUGCCCAGCGUCGGGCACGGAGGUUCCUGCUCCACUUCUGAAGGUGCUGCCAGCCGGUAUCCCUGCAUCACGUCCCCAGAGGUGACUGAGCCAAGGAAGCACCCACGGGAAGCCAGGGGCCAAGAAGAUUCUCCACCGCCCAGCCCACCAGAGCCCUGGGAGCAGGGGAGUCCCUUGGCCUCCGUGCCCUUUGCCGAGGGCACCCCGGAAGGUUGCUUGGCAAGCCCAGCAGCGGAACCUGAAGAUAGUCCCCUGGCUCAGCACCCCCAGAGGGAACCUCCCCCAAAUGCCCCAGGAUACGCCCCAGCAGCCUUUGUCCCUGGGAUGGACAGCUCUACUCAGCGCAGGGUGGUUGCAGCCGCCCCCAGCGCCGGAAGAGAGACAGGACCGAGGGAAGAAGAGUGGCAGAAACUGUCUUCCUCCAGCUCCAUUGACCAGUUGCCGGGGAUUUCAACAGCUGCUCCUCGAGAGCCGAUGGAGGUGCAGCUGUGUGGAGAGGAUGGCUGGCCUCGUGGUUUUGAGUCCCAAGGGAAAGAGGCUGCAGGUGGCUUUCCCCUGCCAGAGUCUGGGCGGGGAGCCCCCAUGGCCCCUGCUGCAGCCCAACCAGGCCAAGAGAGCUCAGCCAGCCUGGAAGAGUCCCCCGCAAAACCCGAGAACCUGAGCCCGCAAGAUCCAGCCCCUAAAUGCCAAGUGGAGGGGCCGCCUCAGGACGUCACCGAUGACUCGGGAGUGCUCAGGGCCUGCCCUCCCAGCGGGAGUGCUCCAGGGGCGACCCAAGUAGCCGAAGCGAAGGUUGCUGCCCAGGAAAGCUGCCCGCGGCAAGUGGGAGCGCAUCCGCCACCCACAGAGCUGCCCUGGGAGUCACUGGGUCCUGCCCUGGCACCAGGGGCCAAGGCCUCUUGGGAGGAGACUCUGGAUGCCCCUGAUGCUCGGGGUCAUUCGCAGACAGGGAGGCAUGGAGCCGAGCCCCGUCAGGCCGUCUGUGUGACGGCAGGUGACCAGCCCGAGGGGGGCCUGCUUGUGAGCCCUGAGCCUGCUCCACGCGCAGCGACUGAGGAAACGGACCCAGCUUCAAGCCUCACUUCACAGCCAGCUGCUAGGGCCUCUGCUGCUGCAGAACAGCCCAGAGAGAUGAUUUCCGGUGCUGAGAGGCCUGUUCUUGCAGAUCUGGCUAAAGGGCAGGCAGAAGCAGGGUUGGCAGGACAGGAGAAGCGCGCAUCGGACCUCGGAGCAGAGGGAGCGGGUCCAGACGGCGGCCCUGGAGAGGUUCCUGUUCCUUCACCCCCGGAAGAGAGGGAAGCGCUCUGGAAAAGGGAGCAAAGCCACGAUCUCCAGCAAGGGCUUCUGCCUCUUUCCCCUCCCGAUGCAUCAGUGGAAAGUGCCAGAAGGUCACUGGGGCCAAAGGAUGAAGCCAAAGCCCCUGAAGGUCCAGCUGCGGCUAAGGAAAGCAGACUACUUGGGGCCGACCCUAGAGGACAGGAAGCAGCCCCAGAGCCACCUGAGGGUGCAGAUCCUGGGAACCUUCAGGGAGAGCACCCCGAAGCCUGUGGCUACAAGCCUGACCCAAAGGGGGAAAAGGAUGAGCUUUCACAGCUAACUGGCGAUGUGGAGGGCAACAGCCUUCCCAGCGUGGCCUCAGCACAGCCGCUCAAAAAGGAGGCCCCCGGGCACGUGGACAGGCCCGGCUCUCCAUCAGAAGAUGCAGCUUGGAGCUCGGCGCCCUGCGGGAUGAUGGAAGAAACCCAAGUGGUCCAUGCAUCUACUUCACUGCAGCAGCUCCACGAGCAGGAUCCCAUCCCACCCUCUGGGCUGGAUGGAGCCGGUAAACACGUUUUUCCCGAGGGAGCUGUCUGGCAGGGGCCAGGACUGCAGACCAAGUAUCCUGACACCUUUCAGGAUGUGGGGGGAUUGGGAAGAAUGGACCCUCUUCCUGCUUUAGAAUCAGAGAAAUCGGAUUUCCUGUCAACUCCUGCUACAGAGGUCGUCCCCAAAGCCCAGGAGGCGGAGGGCAAAUCUGAAAUAAAGACGAGGAGCCACCCAUCCGCGCAGAAGCCUGGCAGCUAUGAUGGGGAGGGCUUGCUGACACCACCCCAUGCCCAUGCGCUGGGGCGUGAUGCAGCUGGACAGGAAGUCCACACCGAUGGGCUACCUCCCCCUGAGGAGGAGAACUUGGCAGUGGACUGUGGGCUCACGGCCCUCAGCCUGGAGCAAGAUCAGCAGGAAAACCUGUCCUGCCCGGGGGACAGUGGGAUACGAGUAGCUGCAUCUGAGAGGCCCUCACUGUAUUCUGAGAACCGUCUCCAGCAGUCCCAAAUGGACCCAGAAGCAUCCAUCUCUGAAACGCUCAGGGAGAAGUCCCAACAGUGCGAAAGCGAGAAAGAGACUUACCCAGGUGAUGCAGAGUUUAAGAACCUGGGUGCAGAUUCUCCCCAAAUCCACAUACCUAUGGAACCUCGGGAAGAUGUGAGCUUGCCCACUCAUGGAGCAAAGGAACAGGCUUCUGAAUCAGAACUUCAGAGUGAGCUCCCCAAGGGCAGUCUGUCUGAUGCUCCAAGUUCAGCUCCCGGGCACACAGUUCCGGAGAAUCGUACGACAGAGCAGUCGGAGUUGUCAGCACCGAAGAGACCGGAGUUGCCUGCACUAGGGGGGAAUGGGCAAGAGGGAGAAGGCAGUGGCAGUCAGCUGUCCGGGGGCCCACCUCCUGCGGCAGACACCUUACAAGACUCUUCUCUUGCACGUAGCUUGAGCAGAAAGGAAAGUUGCUGUGCUGGACAGGGGCCAAACAAGUCCCAGCAGGAGCUGGUUGAUGGGCGGAAAGCUGGCAGCCAGCAUGAAGAGGCAUGUCUCGGGGAUGCAGGCAUUUCAGAAGCAGCUGACGCUUGGCCCCCGCUCCAGGACUUGGGGAAGACAGAGAAGGCAAGUGGGAACACAGUGGGGGCCCCGCCUUGUCGGCCUGAUUCAGUAGCUCUCCUGAAGGCAGCUCUCUGCCUACCAGCUCCAGCACCUGCCGGCCCCAGAGUCACACCCACCCAGGAGGCCCCAGAGAGAGAGGCCGGUGAUGAAACCCAGGAGGGCAGGCGGGAAUCGGGGUUAGCCCCACAGAAGGAAAUGGAGCAUCCCACUGCCACGGAUGCAGAGGCCCAAAAGCUUCUUGAAAGUUUCCCAUCCGCCGAGGAUCAAGGUGCGGGUGGUGGGACUGCUGAGAUUGGUGGGAACGCUGACGGAGGAGACCUGGGGACACAGCGGGCUCCGGGGGAGCCAGGAGAAGCUGCUCGGAGUGCUGGCUUCCUCCCAACACAGCGGUGCCCCUCCCCUGGGGAGGAAGCUUCUUCUUGUGCCCUAGGUGAGCCCUGCCAAGCUGAGCAGCCCUCCGCCAGCUGCCAGGAUGCCUUGCUGCCAGCCAGAGAGCUGGGUGGGAUUCCCAGGAGCGUGCUGGAUAUUUCUGCAGCCCAGGCUGUCCCCGACCCAAAGAGGCUCCUGUCGUCCAGGCCACCAGAAGAGGCUGCCCCUGACACUCCUUACCUGCAUAUGAAGGGUGCUGCCAGGAAAGGGGCAGGAGACAGUGGCGUGAAAGCUGUUUCACCUCAAGGCCUCAGAGCUCCUGGUGAAAGCCCUUGUCCCACACGGGAGCCCCUGCUUGUCUUGGAAAACGCCUCCUCCACGACGGUACCGUGUGGCUCCCCUGCCUCCCUCUGGCAACCAGGAGCUGCAGGUGAGGAAAUCUCUGCCGUGCCAGCCAGCAGCGGAAGCCCCCAAGCUGGGACCUUUGAGGGACCUGUGGACUCCGUGCCCUACCUGGACAAGGUGCCACUUCUGGCCAAGGGAAAGCAGACCACAGAGGAACAGAAAGGGUCAGGAACUCCCGGGGCAAGUGCCAAGCCCAGUGAACUUUCAGCAGACCUUGCCAGUGAGGAGAGCACGGCAGGUGAUGCAGCAAGGGAGAGAGAGCGCAGUGGGGAGAGGAUGGUAGACCCUUCCAAGGACCCCAGGAAGGGAGCAUCAGCUGGUGUAGACGCAAGCUCCAGGCAGACCAGUAUGAUCGCUGGGCUCCCUGACUUCAGGGAGCACAUCACCAAGAUCUUUGAGAAGUCUGUGCUUGGAGCCCUGACCUCCGAUCGGCCGCAGAGCACACUGGGAGAAAAGGCAGGAGCUGGGAAGAGUGUGAUGGGCAAGGACCUCACCACGCCAAGCCCAGAGAAGCUUCCAGAUGGGACUCAAGGAGUGGCCAUCGCCCCUCUCCCCACCACUCCUGCCGGACUCUGGAUACAGUCAAAGGAGAAGAGGCAAGAGCUGACUAUAGAGGCUGAGCUUUCUCGUCUGGGUCCCCAGGAUCCAGCUCCGGAAAAGCUGCCGGGGCCGGCACGGCCAGCUGCAGAGCAGAGCCUGCCAGGUGCCAGUGUGGGGAAGGAAAUGAGUGGGCCUCCACAGAUGCUGACAGAAAGCAAGAAGCCAGAGGGGGCUGAGGAAGGCUGGCCGGAGCUUGAGAGCCAGGCCCACUCACAGCAAGAAAGCAGCCAGCCAGAAUCAGCUUCGGGUCUGUCUUCACAGGUGACUUCUCCAGAGAUUCCCAAUGCUGACUUGCAGGUGGCUCCCCAGAGCCAUGGAGAAGGGGACGCAGUUCAAGACGACAGAAUUCCUUCUGGAAAACAGCACCAGGAAACAUCUAGCCGAGACAGUCAACCCAGAGAAGAUGGUGGCCAGGGCUUUUCUCACCCAGGGGCUCUGGAUGACAUGUCAGUGUCCACCUCUGCCCAGGAAGCAUCAUCUCCCCAUGGGGAUGUUCCGACUGUGGCCGAGGCCAUCAGUGAGGCCUGUACCCCAGACACACUUAGGGGUGAGAGGAGGCAUGGAGGUGCUGCUGGGAUCUCAGAAACACAGAACGCCCUGGGCACCCAGAGCACCCUGGAGCCACCAGCUGGGGAAGUGGCGGAUACUCCCCUGGAGCCCGGCUUGGGAGCAGAAGCUGCUAGGGAAGCAGAGGGUGACGUCGCUUUGAGCACAGCUGAGGCCGGGGCACGUGUGUCUGCCCACCUGCCUGAAGCAGGUACUACGAGAAUGUUCUCUGGUGUGGCUUGUGCCUUGGCUCUGCCAGGAAGCCGUGGGGACCCCAGCUGCUGUGAAGGGUCUCUGAGGAUGGAGGCUGCAGCCGCCCCGAGCGGGGACAGCCCGGCCGGGCACCCGCAGGCUGAGGGGCAGCCCGGGCCUGAGCCCCCCGCUCCUGCUGGGGAAGGGAAGGUGCGUGUCUACUCACCUGCAGAACCUGACGAGAUUCGGGACCUGGAGCUGCAAAGCCUGCAUCCAGAAGCGCUCGACGCCGAGAGAAAAAGCGCUGGGUCCAGCCCAUCCACCUUACCUUUGGUUCCUGAGAAGGAUGCUCCAAAUGUCAUGGAUGAGGUCAUUUCAGACAAGACCAGAACUGCGGGAGGAGCAGAAAGAGAAUUCCCAUUUGGGGACAUCGAGCCUCGGGCAUCUGUUUCUUUAAGAGGAGGAAAUGAAGCCUUGAGUCAUUUUUCACCUGUAGUGGAUGAUGUCAUCCAACCAGCUGCCCUAGAAGACCUGGAAAACCCUCUCUUAGCUGCCUUCUCCCCCCACGGUGACGUCAGCGGCUGGGUGUCCACGGAUUUGACAGCCCAGAGCACCCACCCAGCUGCUGCCCGUGCGGAUCUCACUCCCCCGGCCUCAGAACACACAUCUUUGCCUUCCGCCCCAGCUGGUGACGGCCACGCAUCUUUGCCUUCCACCCCAGCUGGUGAUGGAGUCGAAGCUUCCAUUCCCUCCUGCCAAGGUCUAGCCAAGGACUUAAGCAGGAGUUCUGACUCUGAAGAAGCAUUUGAGACCCCGGAGUCAACGACCCCCGUCAAAGCUCCACCGGCCCCACCCCCGCCACCCUCUGAAGUCGUUCCAGAACCCGAGGUCAGCGCUCCGCCUCCCCCAGAAGAACCAGGAUGUGGCUCUGAGCCUGUCUGUGUCCCCGAUGGCCCCCGCAGCAGCUCGGUGGAAGGAAGUCCCUUCCGUCCCCCGACACACUCCUUCUCCUCCGUCUUCGAUGAAGACAAGCCGAUAGCCAGCAGCGGGACUUACAACUUGGACUUUGACAACAUCGAGCUGGUGGAUAAUUUUCAGACCUUGGAGCCUCGCUCCUCAGACUCUAAGAAUCAGGAUUGCAAGGUGAGCUCGCGGAGGAAGUCCACGGACUCUGUCCCCAUCUCUAAGUCGACGUUAUCCCGCUCGCUUAGCCUGCAAGCCAGUGACUUUGAUGGUGCUUCUUGCUCAGGCAGUCCCGAGGCCGCGGCCCCGGCCCCAGAUGCACAUAGCACGGGUUCGAGCAGUGCUUCCAGUACCCUUAAGCGAACUAAGAAACCGAGGCCACCUUCCUUAAAAAAGAAACAGACCACUAAGAAACCCCCCGAAACCCCCCCAGUGAAAGAGACACAGCAAGAGCCAGCCGAAGAGAGCCCUGACCCCAGCGAGGAGAAUCGAAUAGCCGAGACAAGAACGGAAUCAGCCAAGACGGAAGGUUCUGGACCAGCCUUAUCAGAGGAGGCACCCGUAGAACCUGCUGCUGUGCCCAGGGCUGCCUGCCUUCUGGACUCCGAGGGUGCAGAAGGGGCCAUCCCCCCAGCUUCUGGGGGUGGCAGAGUGCAGAACUCACCCCCCGCUGGAAGGAAAACAUUGUCUCCUGCCACGGCCCCAGAGGUGGUGGAGGUGUCCCCAUUGGAUAGUGGGGGGCAAGAGGACUCCCCAGCCAAAGGCCUCUCAGUGAGGCUGGAGUUUGACUAUUCUGAGGACAAGGGCAGUUGGGACACGCAGCAGGAAAACCCCCCUCCCACCAAAAAGAUAGGCAAAAAGCCGGUUGCCAAAAUGCCCCUAAGGAGGCCAAAGAUGAAAAAAACACCCGAAAAACUCGACAACACUCCUGCCUCGCCUACCAGAUCCCCUGCUGAACCCAGUGACAUCCCUAUCGCUAAAGGUACCUACACCUUUGAUAUUGACAAGUGGGAUGACCCCAACUUUAACCCUUUUUCUUCCACCUCAAAAAUGCAGGAGUCUCCCAAACUGCCCCAACAGUCAUACAACUUUGACCCGGACGCCUGUGAUGAGUCCACUGACCCCUUUAAGACAUGCUCUAAGACCCCCAGCUCACCUUCUAAAUCCCCAGCCUCCUUUGAGAUCCCAGCCAGUGCCAUCGAAGCCAACGGAGUGGACGGGGAUGGGCUGAACAAGCCCGCCAAGAAGAAGAAGACGCCCCUCAAGACGAUGGUUGAAGAUGUGAUGUCUGUAUGUUCUCUGUUUGACACAUUUAGGGUGAAAAAGUCGCCAAAACGGUCUCCUCUCUCUGAUCCACCUUCUCAGGACCCCACCCCCGUGGCCACGCCGGAAACGCCGCCCGUGAUCUCCGCGGUGGUCCACGCAACCGACGAGGAGAAGCUGGCGGUCACCAACCAGAAGUGGACGUGCAUGACGGUGGACCUGGAGGCUGACAAACAGGACUACCCACAGCCCUCGGACCUGUCCACCUUCGUGAACGAGACCAAAUUCAAUUCACCCACGGAGGAGUUGGAUUACAGAAACUCCUAUGAAAUCGAAUAUAUGGAGAAAAUUGGUUCCUCCUUACCUCAGGACGACGACGCCCCGAAGAAGCAGGCCUUGUACCUUAUGUUUGACACUUCUCAGGAGAGCCCGGUCAAGUCUCCCCCCGUCCGGAUGUCGGAGUCCCCGACGCCGUGUUCAGGCUCAAGUUUUGAGGAGACUGAAGCCCUUGUGAACGCCGGGGCAAAGAUCCAGCAUCCCGUUGCACGAGGGCUGGCCCCCAACCAGGAGCCACACUUGCAGGUGCCAGAGAAAUCCUCCCAGAAAGAGCUGGAGGCCAUGGCCUUGGGCACCGCAUCAGAAGUGAUUGAAAUUACAGCUCCUGAGGGCUCCUUUGCCUCUGCUGAUGCCCUCCUCAGCAGGCUAGCUCAUCCAGCCUCUCUCUGUGGUGCGCUUGACUAUCUGGAACCCGACUUAGCAGAAAAGAACCCCCCAGUAUUUGCUCAGAAACUUCAGGAGGAGUUAGAGUUUGCCAUCAUGCGGAUAGAAGCCCUGAAGCUGGCCAGGCAGAUCACCCUGGCUUCCCGUAGCCGCCAGGACACCAAGAGAGAAGCUGCUCACCCAACAGACGUCACCAUCUCCAAAACAGCCUUGUAUUCCCGCAUCGGCACGGCUGAGGUAGAGAAACCCACAGGCCUUCUGUUCCAGCAGCCUGACCUGGACUCCGCCCUCCAGAUCGCCAGGGCAGAGAUCAUAACCAAGGAGAGAGAGGUCUCGGACUGGAAAGAUAAAUAUGAAGAAAGCAGGCGGGAAGUGAUGGAAAUGAGGAAAAUAGUGGCUGAGUAUGAGAAGACCAUCGCCCAGAUGAUAGAGGAUGAACAGAGGGAGAAGUCGGUCUCCCACCAGACGGUCCAGCAGCUGGUCCUGGAGAAGGAGCAAGCCCUGGCCGACCUGAACUCGGUGGAGAAAUCUCUGGCCGAUCUCUUCAGGAGAUACGAGAAGAUGAAGGAGGUCCUGGAGGGCUUCCGCAAGAAUGAAGAGGUGCUGAAGAAAUGUGCGCAGGAGUACCUGUCCCGAGUAAAGAAGGAAGAGCAGAGAUACCAGGCGCUGAAGGUCCACGCGGAGGAGAAGCUGGACAGGGCCAAUGCUGAGAUCGCCCAGGUCCGGGGCAAGGCCCAGCAGGAACAGGCUGCGUACCAGGCAAGCCUGCGGAAGGAGCAGCUUCGAGUGGACGCUCUGGAAAGAACGCUGGAGCAGAAGAAUAAAGAGAUAGAAGAACUCACCAAGAUUUGUGAUGAACUGAUUGCCAAAAUGGGGAAAAGCUAACUUUGAACCAAAUGUUUGGACUUUGACCACUGCGUGCAAUAUGACCGUCGGCACACUGCUGUCCCUCUGGUUAUGUGGACAGGUUCUGUUUUCACUUUUUCGUAUGCACUACUGUAUUUCCUUUCUAAAUAAAGUUGAUUUGAUUAUAUGCAGUACUAAGGAGACUAUCAGAAUUUCUUGCUAUUGGUUUGCAUUUUCCUAGUAUAAUUCAUAGCAAGUUGACCUCAGAGUUCCUGUAUCAGGGAGAUUGUCUGAUUCUCUAAUAAAAGACAAAUCGCUGACCUUGGCCUUGCCCUUUGUACAUGAGUUUCCAGGGUGAGCGGCUUUUGGAUUUAAUAUGAUCAUGUACAGCUUGCAAAGGGACUCUUGCCUUAAGGAGUGUAAACUUGAUCUGCAUUUGCUGAUUUGUUUAAAAAAAAAAAGAAGAUGCAUGUUUCAAAUAAAAUUCUCUAUUGUAAAUAAAUUUUUUUCUUUGGA